AUGCAACCGGUUUAACCAAUAGCGGAAGGGUAGCGAACAAAAAUAAUAUAUACAUUAAUAAAGGAUUAAAAGUACAAGGAGGCUAUAAAUUAUUUGAAUUAUGAGUUGCAAUUUUGUCCAAAGAGUAGAGCACUAUCAUUAUUAGCAUAUUGUCAUUAUAUGAAUUAAGAUUUUACUUCUGCUGUUGGAAUGUAUGAGAUAGAUUAGAUAAAAUAGUUAUGAAUAAUUAGUGAAGUAUUAUCCUGAGAUUGAUGAUUAUAAGAUUUACUUAGCACAAUCAUAUUAUAAGGAUAGUAAGAAAAGAUUUUGAAAAAUAGGUCUUUAUGAUGAAGCAUUAAAAGUAUGUGCAUCUAUAGAGAAUCCAUAAUAUUAAGGGAAGAUGGUAUAAUUGUAAGCAUUGAUUCGAUAUGAGAAGAGUGAAUUUCAACAUGCAAAGACAUUAUUGAAAUAAAAUGAAAUGGAUGAUCCAGAUUCAAUUAUAAAUGAAGGAUGUAUUUUAUUUAAGGAGAAUAAAUUUGAUGAAGCAAGACAAAGAUUUUAAGAUGGAAUGAAUUUAACUGGUUAUUCAUGUGAAUUAGCCUAUAAUAUAGCACUUUGUUAUUACAAAUAAAAAUAAUUAGCUUAAUCUCUAAAAUUUAUAGCGGAAAUAAUUGAAAGAGGAGUAAGAGAGAGACCUGAUUUAGGAGUAGGUUCUAAUGCUGAAGGAAUUGAAGUUAAAAGUGUAGGUAAUUCUUAAGCAUUGAAAGAAUCUGCUUUAAUUGAAGCAUUUAAUUUAAAAGCUGCUAUUGAAUAUUCUAUUAAAAAUUAUGAAGCCUCUAAAGAAGCAUUAGUAGAUAUGCCACCAAGAGAAGAAGAUGAAUUAGAUCCUGUUACACUCAUGAAUUAAGCAUUAAUGAAUAUUGAAGAUAAAACUGCUGAAGGAUUUAAAAAAUUAAAUCAUUUAUUAUAAAAUCCACCAUUUCCACCAGAAACAUUCUCAAAUCUAUUACUAUUAUAUUGUAAAUAUGGAUAUUUUGAUAUGGCUGCUGAUAUUCUUGCUGAAAAUGCUGAUCUUACAUUUAAAACCAUUAGUUCUGAUGAUUUUGAAUUUGUUGAUGCAUUAAUAUUGAGUGCUGCUAGUCCAGAAGAAUCUUAUAGAAAAUUCUAAAUCUUAGCAAAUAAACAUAUUGAUACACUUAGAAGAAUUACUAAAUCUAUUUAAGAUGCUAGAUUAAAUAGAGAUAAUGAUGGAAUCAAAAAAUCUCUUAAAGAAUUCGAUGAUUGUUUAGAAAAAUUCAUACCUGUUUUAAUGGCAUAAGCUAAAAUAUAUUGGGAUAAAGACAAUUAUUCAUAAGUUGAAAAAUUAUUUCGAUAAUCUGCUGAAUUUUGUGCUGAUCACGAUGUUUGGAAACUUAAUGUAGCACAUGUAUUUUAUGUUCAAGAUAACAAAUAUAGAGAAGCUAUUCGUUAUUAUGAACCUAUUGUUAAAAAAAAUGGUGAUAAUCUACUAUCAUUAACUGCUAUUGUUAUUGCUAAUUUAUGUGUCAGUUAUAUCAUGGUUAAUCAAAAUGAAGAUGCUGAAGAAUUAAUGCGGAAAUUAGAAAAAGAAGAAGAAAAAUCAUAAUAUUAAGAUCCUGAAAAAUCUGUUUAUCAUCUAUGCAUUGUCAAUUUAGUUAUAGGAACACUCUAUUGUUCAAAAAAUAAUUAUGAAUUUGGUAUUUCUAGAGUUAUCAAAUCACUCGAACCAUAUAAUAAGAAAGUAUAUUCUUUAUUUAAUUAAAGAUCAAUACAGAUACAUGGUAUUAUGUUAAAAGAUGUUUCCUUGCUUUGAUUGAAGUCUUGGCAAAACAUAUGAUCAUUCUUAAAGAUACAUCAUACAGUGAGAUCUUGGAUUUCUUAGAUGCAGCUGAUCAAUAUGGCAAGGCUAUUCCUUCUGUAUAUAUCUAUUAUUUAUUAUUUAGGUAAUUAAUCCAUUAGAAUAACUUGAUGAGAAACAUACAGUAUCAUAUGAAGCUAGAAUGAUUAAGAGAAUGUUUCUCAAAUUAAGAACAUGA